ACAAGCGCGAAUCGCCGCAGUGACCAGUCUCAACCGAGCUUCUGACCGUACCUUGACAGGACGUUUGAUAACUAUUUAAAAAGUAUUUUAGACGUCAGUAACUUCUUAAACAUGAUCUCAAGGAUUGCUUUUCUUUUGGCGGUAGUGGGACUCUCCUGUGCCGCGACAUGGCAAGGCUACUUGCCCCCAAAACCCGCGGAGCAUGCUCACAAAACUGGCUGUUACGUGAAAGAGAUCGACGACGUUAUUCCUUUCGGCAAGACCAUCUACCCCAUCGGACAUUGCUAUAGAAUCGAAUGCACUGCUGGCAUGAUGUACUAUGCUUCAUGUGGCAAAGUUAUGACUAGCGAUGACACCUGCUACGUCACGGAAGAAGAUUUAAGUAAACCUUAUCCCGAUUGCUGUCCCCACGUGAAGUGCAUAGAAGACAACAGUGUAUCGAAAAACUAAAUUAUAACUAAGCAUCUGAAACUUGGUGGUCUAAUGUAAAGCCUGGAAGAAUGAAAUGAGUCGCUUUUGGAACUUUGAUUUUGGAUUUGAGAUUAAUACAACGUGGUCUGGCUAGCGCACCUGGCGAGGGUGACGUCACAUCGACGCUCUGGUGCGAGUGAGUGCGGGUUAGAGUCGCAUUCCAGCGAGUCAAACGAUCGGGUUGUAAGUUAUAACUCAGAGUGAAAUGUCAAUACAAGUGAAAUUAGACAUUAAGUUUAAAUUACUAUGAGUGAGAAAAUUAUUGGUGUAUGUAGGUGUGUUUGUUUGGAACCUUAAAUUAUUGUUAGCGUGAUACUCCAAAGAUGAAUUGAAAUUAUCUUAUGAGCAAAAUAUCUUGGAAACUUCAAUGAGUUUGUUGUUUUAGACUCUCUUUUCUUUUGUAUAUUGACACUAUUCUAACUGAAGAACUUACUUGCCUGUAUGAUUUAUUAUUGUAACUGUUAUAAUACUUACUUCCCAUAAGCAUAAUAAGCUCUAGUGCUUAUAUUUUGUUUUUUAUCAGCACAUUUAAUUUUGUAAUGUAUCUUCUUACGUCAAGACCAAGUACAUUUAGCAUGUAAGAUUAAGAACUGACGAAAAAUCAUGAGAUUUGUUGUAAUUUAGUUUCUAACUAGUUUUUAAUUAU